AGGUGUCCAUGCUGGUAUCCACAUGGGCAGAACCCGUGGAGCAGGGAAAACUGGGAGGAGGAAGGAGAAGCAGGGAGGAGCUGCUAUGGAUUGGCCCCCUCGUUCUCCAGAAGGAUGGAGGAACUAAGCACAAGGUGGAUCUUUUCUACAAGCUGCGGCACGUGAUGAACGAGCUCAUUGACCUGCGCCGGCAGCUGCUCUCGGGGCACCUCACCCAGGACCAGGUGCGGGAGGUCAAGAGGCACCUCACCGUGAGGCUGGACUGGGGCAAUGAACACUUGGGCCUGGAUUUAGUGCCUCGGAAGGACUUUGAGGUUGUGGAUUCGGAUCAGAUCAGUGUUUCAGAUCUUUAUAAAAUGCAUUUGUCAAGUAGACACAGUGUCCAGCAGAGCACGUCACAGGUGGACACCAUCCGUCAGCGCCACGGGGAAGCCUGUCGCAUGCCAGUGCCUCACCACUUCUUCCUCAGCCUGAAGAGCUUCACCUACAACACAAUUGGAGAGGACACAGAUGUCUUUUUCUCUUUGUACGAUGUCCGAGAAGGCAAACAGAUCAGUGAGAGGUUUAUGGUGAGGUUAAACAAGAAUGGAGGCCCCAGGAACCCGGAGAAGAUCGAUCGAAUGUGUGCUCUGUUCACAGACCUCAGCAGCAAGGACAUGAAGAGAGACUUGUACAUAGUUGCCCAUGUAAUCCGAAUAGGUCGUAUGUUACUCAAUGACUCCAAAAAAGGGCCCCCUCAUUUACACUAUCGCCGCCCCUACGGCUGUGCAGUGUUGAGCAUCAUGGACGUGCUUCAGUCAAUCUCUGAAAUAAAGGAAGAGAAGGAUUUUGUUCUCAAAGUUUACACGUGUAACAACGAGAAUGAGUGGUGCCAGAUCCAUGAAAAUAUCAUCCGUAAGUCCAGCACCAAAUACACAGCACCCAGCUCCAACUAUGGACUUAUAAUUUCUCUUCAGCUUCUUCGUGGUGAUAUGGAGCAGAUUCGAAGGGAAAACCCCAUGAUCUUCAACAGAGGCGUUUCUGUUACCAGGAAGCUGGGUUUUCCUGAUGUUAUAAUGCCAGGUGACAUACGGAACGACUUGUACCUGACCUUGGAGAAGGGGGACUUCGAGAGAGGUGGGAAGAGCGUGCAGAAGAACAUCGAGGUGACCAUGUACGUGCUCUACGCCGACGGGGAGAUCCUGAAGGACUGCAUCAGCCUGGGCUCAGGAGAGCCGAGCAGGAGUGCCUACCACUCCUUUGUGCUCUACCACAACAACAGCCCCCGCUGGGGGGAGAUCAUCAAGCUGCCCAUCCCCAUCGACAGGUUCCGGGGCUCCCACCUGCGCUUCGAGUUCAGGCACUGCUCCACAAAAGACAAGGGAGAAAAGAAGCUCUUUGGUUUUGCAUUCACCCCUUUGAUGAGAGAUGAUGGCACUACCUUGUCAGAUGAUAUCCAUGAGCUUUAUGUUUAUAAGUGUGAUGAGAACAGCACCUUCAACAACCACGCACUGUACCUGGGGCUGCCCUGCUGCAAAGAGGAUUACAACGGCUGCCCCAACAUCCCCUCCAGCCUCAUCUUCCAGCGCAGCACCAAAGAGACCUUCUCAGUCUCCACACAGCUUUCUUCUACCAAACUGACCCAGAAUGUGGAUCUGCUUGCCCUGCUGAAAUGGAAGGCUUACCCAGAUCGUGUGAUGGAUAUUCUGGGAAGACUGAGACACGUCAGUGGCGAGGAAAUUGUUAAGUUCCUACAAGAUAUUCUGGACACGUUGUUUGUAGUUUUGGAUGACAACACAGAGAAGUAUGGUCUGCUGGUUUUUCAGUCUUUGGUGUUCAUCAUAAACCUGCUGCGUGACAGCAAGUACUUCCAUUUCCGGCCCGUGAUGGACACCUACAUCCAGAAGCACUUUGCAGGAGCUCUGGCUUACAAGGAGCUGAUCCGCUGUCUGAAGUGGUACAUGGACCGCUCAGCUGAGCUCGUGCGCCAGGACCACAUCCAGGAGGCAAUGAGGGCCUUGGAAUAUCUUUUCAAGUUCAUUGUCCAAUCUCGGAUCCUUUACUCCAGAGCUACUUGUGGAAUGGAGGAGGAACAGUUCCGCUCCAGCAUCCAGGAGCUUUUCCAGUCCAUCAGAUUUGUGCUCAGCUUGGACAGCAGGAGCUCUGAGACUCUCAUCUUCACACAGCAAGCUGAUGAUUCUGGAAAACAACACAGCCAGUUGAAGGUGUCAGGCAGUAGCUUUGCACAGGCCGCCCUGCUGAACUCCUUCCCCGCCAUCUUUGACGAGCUGCUGCAGAUGUUCACGGUGCAGGAGGUGGCCGAGUUCGUGCGGGGCACCCUGGGCAGCAUGCCCAGCACUGUGCACAUCGGGCAGUCCAUGGACGUGGUGAAGCUCCAGUCCAUCGCCCGCACCGUCGACAGCCGCCUCUUCUCCUUCUCAGAGUCCCGGCGCAUCCUGCUACCUGUAGUUCUUCACCACAUUCACCUUCACCUACGACAGCAGAAGGAGCUACUUAUCUGCUCUGGGAUCCUCAGUAGUAUCUUCUCCAUAAUCAAGACCAGUUCUUUGGAGGGAGAUGUCGUGGAGGAGGUUGAGAUGAUGGUGGAGAGCCUCCUGGACGUGCUUUUACAAACUCUGCUUACAAUCAUGAGUAAAUCGCAGUCUCAGGAGGCGGUAAGAGGGCAGCGCUGCCCGCAGUGCACAGCAGAAAUCACUGGAGAAUAUGUCUCCUGCCUUUUAUCUUUGCUUCGUCAGAUGUCAGACACUCACUUCCAGCACUUACUGGACAACUUCCAAAGCAAGGAUGAACUGAAGGAGUUCCUCCUGAAGAUUUUCUGUGUGUUUCGGAACCUGAUGAAGAUGAGUGUCUUUCCUCGAGACUGGAUGGUGAUGAGGUUGCUCACCAGCAAUAUCAUAGUUACAACAGUUCAGUACCUGUCUUCUGCACUGCAUAAGAACUUCACAGAAACAGACUUCGAUUUUAAAGUCUGGAACUCUUAUUUCAGCCUGGCAGUUUUGUUUAUAAACCAGCCAAGUCUCCAACUAGAGAGUGCCACACCUGCCAAGAGGAAGAAGAUUCUGGAUAAAUAUGGUGAUAUGAGAGUGAUGAUGGCAUAUGAGCUCUUCAGCAUGUGGCAGAACCUGGGUGAGCAUAAGAUUCACUUUAUUCCGGGAAUGAUUGGCCCCUUUCUUGGUGUCACCCUUGUUCCACAACCAGAAGUGCGGAAUAUCAUGAUCCCUAUCUUCCAUGACAUGAUGGACUGGGAGCAGAGAAAGAAUGGCAACUUCAAACAGGUGGAAGCCGAGUUGAUCGAUAAGCUGGACAGCCUGGUGUCCGAAGGAAAAGGUGAUGAGAACUACAGGGAACUCUUCAGCCUGCUAACCCAACUCUUUGGGCCUUAUCCCAGUUUGCUGGAGAAGAUUGAGCAGGAAACUUGGCGGGAGACUGGAAUCUCUUUUGUUACAUCAGUUACUCGCCUCAUGGAGCGUCUGCUUGACUACAGGGACUGUAUGAAAGGAGAUGAAACAGAAAACAAGAAAAUCGGCUGCACUGUUAAUCUUAUGAAUUUCUAUAAAUCCGAGAUCAACAAGGAGGAGAUGUACAUCCGCUACAUCCACAAGCUGUGUGACAUGCACCUGCAGGCUGAGAACUACACAGAGGCCGCAUUUACUUUGCUUUUGUACUGUGAGUUGCUUCAGUGGGAGGACAGACCUCUGAGAGAGUUCCUGCAUUAUCCAUCUCAGUCAGAGUGGCAACGUAAGGAAGGUCUGUGCCGUAAGAUUAUCCAUUACUUCAACAAAGGGAAGAGCUGGGAGUUUGGGAUCCCGCUGUGCCGAGAACUGGCCAUCCAGUAUGAGAGUCUCUAUGACUAUCAGAGCCUCAGCUGGAUCCGGAAAAUGGAAGCCACCUACUAUGACAAUAUCAUGGAACAGCAGCGCUUGGAACCAGAGUUUUUCAGAGUUGGGUUUUAUGGUCGGAAAUUCCCAUUUUUCCUGCGGAACAAAGAAUAUGUGUGUCGGGGCCACGACUACGAGAGGCUGGAAGCCUUCCAGCAGAGGAUGCUGAGCGAGUUCCCACAAGCCAUUGCCAUGCAGCAUCCAAACCACCCCGACGACUCCAUAUUGCAGUGUGAUGCCCAGUAUUUACAGAUCUAUGCAGUGACUCCCAUCCCAGACAAUAUAGACGUGCUGCAAAUGGACCGUGUCCCGGAUCGCAUAAAGAGCUUUUACCGAGUCAACAACAUCCGGAAAUUCCGCUAUGACAGGCCCUUCCACAAAGGCCCCAAGGACAAGGAGAAUGAAUUUAAGAGCUUGUGGAUCGAACGCACCACCCUGACCCUGACUCACAGUUUGCCUGGCAUCUCCCGUUGGUUUGAAGUGGAGAGAAGAGAACUGGUUGAAGUAAGUCCUUUGGAAAAUGCCAUUCAAGUGGUUGAGAACAAAAACCAGGAGCUGAGGACACUGAUAAGCCAGUACCAGCACAAACAAAUGCACGGCAACAUUAAUCUUCUCAGCAUGUGUCUGAACGGGGUGAUUGAUGCGGCUGUUAACGGGGGAAUUGCGCGGUACCAGGAGGCCUUUUUUGAUAAGGAUUAUAUCACAAAGCACCCCGGAGAUGCAGAGAAGAUCACACAGCUGAAGGAACUCAUGCAGGAACAGGUACAUGUCCUAGGAGUGGGUCUGGCUGUCCAUGAGAAAUUUGUACACCCAGAAAUGCGUCCCCUGCAUAAGAAGCUGAUAGACCAGUUCCAGAUGAUGAGAUCCAGCCUGUACCAUGAGUUACCUGGUUUGGAAAAGCUGAGCCCAGCCUGUUCUGGGUCCAGUACCCCCCGCAGCAACGUGCUGGUUUCACAUGGACCCAUGAGCCCGGAGAGCAUAAAGCUGGUGCAUCGACACAGCCCACUGAACUUGCUUGGUUCAGUCCGACACUCGUCAUCCUCUCUGUCAUCCCACACCUCCAGUGAAACAGGAAACCUGGUUAUCCUGACAGACAGCUCUGUGGGGGAGACUGCUGAGGAUAUGUACCACAUGCAGGCCAGCCCUUCCACCUCCAGCCUGAGCUCCACUCACUCGGCACCAUCCCAGAUGAUUAACUCUGCCCCCUCCAGUGCUCGAGCGCUGGUGAAAGGUGCUGGAUUGACCGCACUGGAGGCUGAAGCCCUCUAUUUACCCACAGAACAGAUACAGCAUGGGCGGCAGCCGUGCAAGUUCCCCCACGCUGCCCCCACCCAUGUGCCUCAUCUCUGUCCUGGAGGGACCACCUCUAGAGGCUCUCCCUCUCUACCAGAUAAGUACCGGCACUCUCGGGAGAUGAUGAUGUUGCUGCCAGCCCACCGGGACCGACCCAGCAGCGCCAUGUAUCCCGCAGCUAUCAUGGAAAAUGGACAGCCUCCAAAUUUCCAGCGCGCCUUGAUCCAGCAAAUGAUUGGACCAUGCAAACCUUGCAGUGAUCCCAACCUGUCCGUGGCUGAGAAAGCUGUGCCAGCAGCACCCAGUAGCUGGAGCCUGGACAGCGGAACCCGGGAGGCCCUGCCAUUCCUGUCUGCCCACGUUGGGAGCAUCCUGGCCCCACCAGUGCCUCCCCGAAGCCUGCCCCAUGGACACUACUCACUGCACUUUGAUGCCUUCCACCACCAGCUCAGUGAUGCUCCUCCCGCACUGCCUGCACGAACACUGCGCAAGUCCCCUCUUCAUCCUAUCCCUGCAUCGCCCACCAGUCCGCAGUCUGGUCUAGAUGGGAGUAACUCCACUUUGUCCGGCAGUGCCAGCAGUGGUGUCUCUUCCUUGAGUGAGAGCAAUUUUGGACAUUCUUCUGAACCACCUCCUCGCACAGACACCAUGGAUUCUGUCCCCAGCCAGGCCUGGAACACUGAUGAAGAUCUAGAGACACCCUACCUCCCUGUCAGGUACAGUCUCUCUGAGCCUGAUGUCCUGGAGUCGCUCAAAUCCCAGCCAUGCCGAAGCCACUCUGCUCCGUCUGGAGUCAUUCCUCAGGACACCAUGGACCCUCCUGCUCUGCCCCCCAAACCUUACCACUCCCGGCUGCCAAACAUGGAGAACGAGGAGGGGAUGAUCAUUGAAGACGAUGACAAACACCGCCCCUUGCACCGUAAAGUGUCCCAACCGGUGAGUGGUGGAAAGGAAGAGCAGGCCAGGGUAGCAUGGGAGCACGGCAUCACUGAGCAGUAGGGACAGCUCCUGGCACACAGCUGGCAUCGGCAUUCCAGGUCUGGACACAACAGAGAGAGAGAGCAGGACUCGGAGAACAGCAAACCGAUUUUCUACUGCCGCAAGUUUAUGUCUGAAGCCCACCUGAGCAACUGGGCCAGCAUGGGAGGUUGCUGCUUUCCUUUUUAAGUUCUUUUUACACCUUUCCGUUUCGUUUUUUAACUUUCUGUGUAGUGGACAGUUUAUUCCUUCUGCAGUUUCUUAACCACAUCCUAUGGCACACGAGCCAUAGAGACUUGCAGAAGCUGAAAAAUACGAUUUUAAGCGGAGGGGGGAAAAGGGGGGAAUGUGGCAAGUUUUGAAGCUGCUUUCCUCCCAGUUUGAGACGCACAUGAGUAGAAGCAGUUGCACUAGGGACAUAUUUCUUUGCUGUACAGAAUUGAAAGCUCAUUGCUGAAAUCAGGGAUUCUAUGAACUGUCAGGCUGGAAGGUGCAUGAGCUGCAGGCAGUGGAAAGAUGGCAAUUCUAAGAAGAAAUUGGCUCUUUUGAGAGCAGGAUUGUACAUAUCUGUGCAGUGAUCUCCCUGCAUUGGUUCAUAGGUGCUGAGGCAAUCUAACCAGUGCUGAUGCACUGAUCUCCAAGAUAUCAUUUCCAACAAACUCUGCCUCCUUUGUUUUUUAUGUACUGUUUGAUUUCUUAAAUUUUGCUUUCACUGGCUAAGCCAACCUGCUUUCUCAUGGGAAUCACGUGUUAUUCAUCUGUGCUACAGAAUGAGAGGAGGUUGGUAGCCACUGGAGCUACAACCUCAUUGUAAGCCUUUCCCAUGCCCAGCUUUGGGCAGGCUGUUGACACCAGCAUUUCUAUUCCAGUUUAAAACAAAACCAACCAAAUUGAGUUUCUCAUGCCACAAGCUGGUUGAUGACCCAGCCAGUAAAGAAAGGGUGGCUUAAAUGCAUCAUAUCCAACAAUCCUUGCCUCAGGGCUGAACAUCACAAUUCUCACCAAUUUCCAUCACCCAGGAGCUGAGAUUCAUUCCAUGUUAACUCAAUAUCCUCAGUCCCUCCCAAAAACUCACUGCAGCUGGUGUGAGAAGGAAUCUCCCAUCUCAGAGUAGACAGAAAACACCAAGACUCCAGCAAUGCCCGGUAUCCAGUGUACACCCCAGAGUCAGGGACCUUAAAGGCAACCUGUAAAGAACAAGUGUUUGUUUCCUCUUUUGCUUCUUUAGAAUGUGUAGUGAGAGCUGCUGCUUCUCUCUUCUGGAGAGCUGAUUUCUUUUUUCUUUUCUCCUCAGGCAGCAAUACAGCCUUUCCCCAUCCCAUGUUUUUUUUUAUGGAUAGGCUCCAGAAAGAGCUGAAGAACACUGAGGGGUUGGGGAACAAACCACACCACACAAACUAGAACUGUGCAGAGGUGAAGACAGUAUGAGUCUAUGACCACAAAACAAGCUUUUUAAUCAGUGUUUGCAUAGUUCAGGAAAAAAAGUCUGUGGGUAAUAGUGUUCUUUACAAAGAACAGAUCUCGGCUAUAAGAAACCUUUUAUUCCUGUUUUCGUAUUUUUCAAGAAACUUUCAAUCAGGAUAGUAUAAAAUACUUAAUAUUUUAAGAUAAACAAGCUAUGUUCCUUGCCAUGCCCACACUCAUUUUAGCCUUCCUUUUAACCUUUUCACCUGCAGACUGUAAAGCACACUCCGUAGGGUGGAAACAAACCUCCCUCUUUCCUACCACUGAAAAACCUGAAGCACAUUCAAAUAAGACACUUACCUCCACCAUAUAAUUAGUGCCAGAAACAGGAACAGCACUCACCUUUCAUCUUGAAUUCUUGUCCUAACUGCUCAGUUUCUCCUUCUAAAAACAGCAUAAAGAAGCAAAAAAGGAUAUUAAAAAUCUUUUACAGGUCACCUUUAGCACUACCUCUAAAUACAGUGACUGGGCAGAGUACGUGGCUUCUGAACUGGCUAAAGGUGGUCUGGCUGUAUAAAGUCUGGACUCAGCAGUUGUGUGAACGGGAUUUUAAGAGGAUUUGUUUAUUUUCUUUCUCCAGCUCUAGCCCAUGCAAAACUACUAAGUUAAGGAUUUGUUUCUUAAAUGGCCUAUUUGGCUGGAACAAAGUCUCUCUUGCUUCCUCUAUUUUGUUACUAACACAGGCUGCUUGUAAUCAUUAUAUCCUUCACAAUUAAGACAACAAUAAUAAAAACUGGCCCAUAGUGAAUGUUUCAUCUCUAGCAGGAAGGAGAGUUUUCCAAUGCGAGGACAGUCCUAAAUGUUAAGGAACUAAGCUGGAUCUCUGGUAUAGAACAUAUAUAUGGAAACAAAUUAUGUUUUUGGUAAAGGUAAGUCAAGGUAAUUCCUUAGAAAUGGGUGAUGUGUUUUCACAUAUGCUAUUCUCCAGUCCCACUGAGACUCUUCCAGUGAAGUUUUUAAAAUAACUUACUAUUCAGUUCCAAUUCCCUUGCCCCUGGUUUUGUUUUUCUUUUUGGCAGCAAGACUAAAAGUAGUAAAUGUAGUGACUUACUGAGCUUCCUUAACGUGGAAAAACCAGCAGGUCUAGCAAAUAAAACUUUGCAGAACCAAGAAUGCAACUAAAGUGGGACUGAGUCCCAGGCACCUGGAAAACCUGCUCACUAGAGCUCUAAUCAGUCUCUCAAAACACAUCAUCCUGCUCUGAUUAGAGACAUGGUACAACAGCAGUGAGUCCGUGGGGAGUCUGACAUUCCCAUGUGUUUGUAAGGGUUCGAAGGUCAAUCAGGUGAUGUGUACAAAUACCUAAUUUAUGGCAGGUCCACACAAAGAAGGAUGGAAUAAAUUGCUGAAUUUACCAAAUUUAAGCCUCUCUGGAGUUAAAUUUCUGUUAUGGUUCUGAUAUCUACCAAGUACUCUGCUUCCCUUUUCAGUGUUUGCCUUAAAGGGGACAGAAUAUAGAAAGACUAUUAUUGAAAUAUUGUGAAUCUUGGAACUAAUAUUGCUUGGAACUACUUCUCUGUAUGGUGAGGUGUCUUUUAGCAUAGUACAACUCCAACAUCAAGCUCAGUCCUGGAGUAGGGGGAAGCAACAGCAGUUGUUGCACUUGCCCAACAGGAUUUGAAGAUAUAAACCACAGCAAGAGGAUGUUUUGAACAGGACCUUGACAUUUUAUACCAAGCUCUAAUUCAAACUUCAGUGUACUUGCCUUCAUUGGGUUUUCUUUGCAUAACAAAAUAGCAUGUGCAUUCCUGAGAAAAUUGGUGGAAUUCUGCUAUAAAUCUCUCCAUCAUCCGUGUACCUGCUGGCCCCAUCUGAAACAAAAUUGAGAAGGAACUACAGUGAUAGAAGAAAAGCACUUAAUUUCUCUGAAUCCUAUUUUUUUUUCCAAUGGUUGGGUUGGUUUUAUUACUGUGUACAAGACUCAGAUUCUUUUUUGACUUUUCCUCUUUGUUUUUUAGCUUACUUGCCCUUUUUUAGGUAAGGGAUAUUGCAUAUCCUUUCUGUGGGAGUAUCAGCCAAAACUGGGGAGGCUGGAGAGAGCAAGAGCCUUUGGGAAACAAAUUAUGUGAUAUUUAAAAUUUCCUCUGAUCAUGCUUCUUUGUAAAUACCCCCAUUUGAAUGCUGUGUAUUUGUACAGGAAAUUGAGCAAAAAAUGUAUAGAUUGUGAUGUCUGACUGGUAUUCUGCCCUGUAAAUGUGUUUUUAACCUCUGGCAUUCUGUGCUUAUUUAAAAAAAAAAAAGGCAAAAACCUCUAACCACUUCUCUUUUGUGUAUUCAUGUUUAAAAUAAAUCGAAAACAGCUAUCUUAUCUAUAAUGGAAAUCAAAUUCAAAAGGAAAAAUUAAUUUGUACAAGUGUCCUAAAGGUACUUCAUUGUAUAUAUUGUGAUAGCAUGUUUCCAGAACCAACAAAUAAGUGGUGUGAAUUUUAGAUGUAAAUAUCUGCCGUUUGUUUUGGGUUCCUUUCCCUUACCCCAUUCACUCGACUGCUGUGAUGUGGAAUUAAAGAUUAAUACCUGAUAUUAAAACAG